AUGAGGCAGACACGGGACGGAUGUCUCCUCCUGGAGCUACCCAAAGGAAGCAGUUCAAUGAAAGCAGCCAAGACUAUUGCUUCAGCCAUGUCAAGCAAGCUUGGCGACUCCGUUGGGAAGGUGGUCCAGCUUGGGGUCCAGGUGGAAGUCGAAGUGCUGGACAUCGACGCAACCGCCACCGCCUCGGAGGUCCUGGAGGCGCUUCGCCACGCGAUUCCCGGUCAGGACGAUCCGGCAGCCAGGAUCGACAGGGACGUAGUCAGCGACUUCAGGAUAUGGGGCACCCGAUCCGGACAGCAGAUUGCGACGGCGAAAAUGCCCAGGAGCAUUGCCGCCAGCAUCGCCAGGGUCCCGAUCGGGUGGACCAUGUGCCGCGUCCGGCCGAGAACGCUGCCACCGGAGAGGUGUUUCAGGUGUCAGGCCUUCGGCCACAACUCCAGAUCCUGCACCGCGGAGGACAGGACGGGUGCCUGUUGGAAGUGCGGAGUGGCAGGACACUUAAUGAAGGACUGCGCCGAGGGUGACGACCGUUGCGUGGCCUGCGAAACCGCUGGUCUGCCGAAGGUCUCGCACAAACCAGGCUCCGGGGCGUGUGCCGCUAGAAGAAAGUCGGGAGCAGCCUAG